AUGAUGUGGGCGGUGGAAGUCAUAUUUCAGAUAGUUGGCGCAGGCGAGCCAGUGACAGUGAGCUUUUCGGAAAUGACCGAAUAUAGUACUUACAACGCCUUAGUGGUAGUUCACCACUUGUAACGUCGCUUUCCUAAAUGUCGAUGGUUGCUGAAGAU